AUGUCCAAGCCUUUGCAACCAGCGACUGCAGCGUCAACUCCAAAGACUGCUAUCAGAGUUGGGGAUGUGCGCUAUGAUAUUAACGUAUCCAAAAUACCAUACCUGUCAUCCUUCGUCGACUUUCAAGCCAAUGCCCAACCACAAUCAACAGAUUUUAUUCACGAGCCUAUUCCUCUCUUCGAUAUAGCCCUCAAGGGGAUCGAAUCUGGCUAUCGCCAGUGUUUCCGAUCCCUCCCUGCCGACCUUUCCCAGCACCACAUUCUUUGCGACACAUAUCAUUUUCUCCAUGUUGACAUUCUUUGCGGGCAGUCUAUCGGCGAGAUUAUCAGCGAUCUGAAAUCCGGCGCAGGUGACUAUGAUCGAGAGGAGCGACGAGAAAUCAAGGGUGACAGGUCAAAGGCGCGCGAUACGGCGUUCAAGCUGUUAUAUUUAAUACUGCUAGGGGAUUUCACGGAUGAGGCGAAAGAUAGUACCAAAAUCUUUAAUGCGGUGCUGUACCUUGUGUCUCACGCGGCGACUUUCAAAUGGAGGACGAGGAGCGUGGUUCGGGCUGCGUACGAGGAGCGAUUCGUCGUCUCAACAAAGCAGAAAGCAGCUCUGGAUAAGUGGGAAAAGAAGGAUCCUGCUAAGCUAGCAGUAGAAGAUGCAGGCGACGUGACGACGGAGGAGGAAGAGCCGUACUAUUUUGACUCUGAUUAUUCGAUUUGAUUUAUGGCAACUUGUCCCACUUAAC